AUGCGUGUCAAAGGUGUUAUACUCAUUACGUUAGCAUUGUUUUUGGGUCUUGGUGGCCUCAUUCUUCAUUUAUUAGCUAUUUUUACAACAAAGUGGAAAAUAACAAAACGUGACAAAGAUCCACCAUUGGCGCCGAUUUCAUAUGGUCUAUGGCAACGUUGUGAAAUGCAAAAUGUAACGUUUUCCAAACAAGCAGUGGGGAUUAAUGCACGUGAAACAUAUGUUUGUAUGCCAAAUCGUUAUUUAAGAUAUAAUUCUGAACAUAAUGCUGAAUGUUUUUAUCGACGACGUGAAUGCGGUCUAUAUUCAGCUAAUUCAAUACCCGCAGAUUGCAGAUGUAGAUACCUGCCUUCAACUAAAGGUCUUCAAUGGUUAACGAUUCUGGCAGCAAUUUCACUCGUUCUUGGACUGUUAUUAUUAUAUUUGAAAUUGAUUGCUACAGCACAAAAUGGAUCGGCAGCAUUUUUAUUAGGAUUUGCUCCAUUUAUUUUCAUUUUCCUGGCAUUUUUGUUCAUAUUAACAACAUUAAUUUUAUUUGGCUCGUAUCUACGACGUGAUUCAUAUGAAGAAUUUCAAUUUCCAUUGAAUACUUUAAAAAAUCUUGAUGAUUCAACGAAUCAGAAUCGUUUGGGAUUUAAUUUACAUGGACUAAAAAAUUAUAUACGUCGGCAUCCUGAAUUAUUUGAUCGUGAAAAAGCUCGUGCUACUAUUGAUGAAUUACUUACUACAAUCAAUGAUACAUAUCAUACUGUCAUUGGAUGGUCAGCAGGGUUUGAAAUUAUAGCACUUAUACUGGUACUGGGAUCAACUGUACUAGCAUUUUUGUUAGCAAUGGGAUCCAAAUCUGAAGACGUCUAA